AUGCACCCCUCAACUUCGCAGCGCGCCAGCGUGGCGCAGCAGGAUGUGGAGUCGGUCCGGAUGCUGUCAGCCGACGACGGCGCGCCCGGGGCCGUCCCGCACCGCUCCCUGCGGUUCCGCGCGGCCAGGUCCCGGCCGUCGAUAGUGCUGGUCGGCGACGGCCUCACGGAGAGCGGGUUCAGCUACAACCUGGGCGGCUGGGGGUCAAAGCUUGUCGGAUCUUACGCGCGAAAGGCCGACCUCAUUAAUCGCGGCUUUGGGGGCUACUUCACCAACUAUUUUGUGGAUUACAUGCUGGACUCGCUGUUUGAUGUGACAAACCCCAUAAUGGGCAUUGCAUUCUUGGGGGUGAAGGACAGCCAGGUCAAACAAGCCGCAGGCAAGGCGUACGUAUCGCCGGAGAAGUUCUUUGAGAACGUGGACGCCAUCAUGUCGAAGGGCAACGAGCAGGGCAUCAGGCACUGGCUGCUCAUCACGCCGCCGCCCGUGGUGGAGACGCCCGGCAAGCCGGGCGCCCGCAGCCUGGCCAACAGCCAGCUGUACGUUGACCAGCUGCAGGCGCUGGGCAGGAAGCACAACGCCACGGUGCUGGACAUCUUCACGACCUGGCAGCGCGUGCCGGACUGGCAGACCAAGUUCAUCAAUGCGGACAAGCUGCACCUUGGGCCUGGAGGCAACGACAAGCUGUUCAAUGAUGUCCUCAACACAAUCAAGGCCCAGAUACCCGAGAUGGACCCAGUAAAGAUGCCCUGGCAGUUCCCUUCGAUGACUGACAUCGACCACGAGAAUCCUGGGCUGGCAUUUGCAGAUCUAGAGAAGUAG